GCUCCCGGUCGCCGUCAUGGGCUCCUCCUCCUCCUCCUGCUCCUCCUUCCCUGCCGCCUGAGGAGUCGACCGCCGUCAAGCAGCCGGAGGAGGCCAAGAUUCCCUCUUUGGUCGGCUGAAUCCAAUCCGUUUUUUAGUACUCAUCAAUAAUUUUCUAGCAUGUGGAUAAGCGUGCAGUAGCUUUUGCACCAUUUGAGGCACAAUGGAGAUAGCUUUUCUCAUGCCGUUGGUUCUGUCCCUGCUUCUGUUCCCUAAUAGCAUCUGCCGGAGCUUAGCUGCAAGGCCUCCUGUUGUGAAUAUUGGGUCCAUUCUUCAAUUGAACUCCACCACUGGAGGUGUUUCGGAGGUUGCCAUCCAUGCUGCCUUGGAGGAUAUCAACUCUGAUCCAACAGUUUUGAAUGGAACUACAUUAAAUGUUCUAAUGAAGGAUGCAAGUUGCUUAGAUGGUUUCCUUGGCAUGGUUCAAGCUUUGCAGUUCAUGGAGACUGAUGCUAUUGCAAUCAUUGGCCCCCAGUGCUCCACAAUUGCUCAUAUCAUCUCAUAUGUUGCAAAUGAGCUCCGGGUCCCUUUAAUGUCAUUUGCGUCUGAUGCAACUCUUUCAUCGAUACAGUUCCCUUUCUUUGUUAGGACUGCUCCUAGUGAUCUCUAUCAAAUGGCGGCUGUGGCAGCAGUUGUUGACUACAACAGGUGGAAGAUAGUCACUGCUGUAUACAUUGAUGACGAUUAUGGUCGAAAUGGUAUUGCUGCUUUGGAUGAUGCACUUACAGCAAAGCGCUGCAAAAUUUCCUACAAGGUUGGGUUUCCUGCCAAUGCUAAAAAUAGUGACCUCAUAAAUUUGUUAGUCAGUGUCAGUUAUGUGGAGUCUCGUGUUAUCAUCCUCCAUACUGGUGCUGCACCUGGACUCAGGCUUUUCUCUAUGGCGAACCGGCUAAACAUGAUGGGCAAUGGCUAUGUAUGGAUUGCAACUGACUGGCUUUCUUCUUAUCUUGAUUCCAAUUCAUCUGUUCCUGCUGACAUUAUAUAUGGGAUGCAAGGUGUUCUUACUUUAAGGCCACACAUCCCCAACUCAAAGAUGAAGAGUAGUUUGGUCUCCAAGUGGAGCAGGCAAAGUAAGAAGUACAACCAUAGUGAUCUUCGUUUAAGUUCCUAUGGUUUUCAAGUUUAUGAUAGCGUGUGGGCAUUAGCUCAUGCUCUGGAUGCCUUCUUCGAUGAUGGUGGGAGGAUUUCCUUUUCAAACGACUCAAGGUUGCGUGAUGCAACUGGGGGAACUCUUCACCUUGAAGCAAUGAGUAUUUUUGACAUGGGAAAUAAAUUACGUGAGAAGAUUAGAAAGGUAAACUUCACUGGGGUGUCUGGGAAAGUACAAUUUGAUGCUUCUGGUGACCUCAUUCAUCCUGCAUAUGACAUCAUAAACAUCCUCGGUAAUGGCAUGCGGACAAUUGGUUUUUGGUCAAAUUAUUCGGGUUUGUUAUCAACCAUCCCUCCAGAGGAUCUAUAUUCAAAGCCUCCUAAUGUUUCCCUAGCCAAUGAACGUUUGUACGAUGUUAUUUGGCCUGGGGAAACUGCACAGAGACCUCGAGGCUGGGUUUUUCCUUCUAAUGCCAAGGAGUUGAGAAUUGGUGUUCCCAACAGAUUCAGCUUCAGAGAGUUUGUCACGAAAGACAAUGUUACUGGGUCAAUGAAGGGCUAUUGCAUCGAUGUCUUUACUCAGGCAUUGGCUCUGCUUCCUUAUCCAGUUACAUACAAGUUUGUACCUUUUGGGAGUGGUACUGAAAAUCCUCAUUAUGACAAACUCGUACAGAUGAUUGAAUCAAAUGAGUUUGAUGGAGCAAUAGGAGAUGUCGCAAUCACCAUGAACCGGACAGUGAUUGCUGAUUUCACCCAGCCGUUCAUUGAAACAGGCUUGGUUAUCUUGUCUCCGGUUAAAAAGCAUAUUACAACAUCCUGGGCAUUUUUGCAGCCAUUUACAUUGGAGAUGUGGUGUAUUACAGGGGUGUUCUUUCUUGUUGUGGGUGUGGUUGUUUGGGUUCUUGAACAUCGAAUCAAUGAUGAAUUCCGCGGUUCACCACGACAACAAAUGAUAACUAUUUUCUGGUUCAGCUUUUCAACUUUAUUCUUUGCGCACAGAGAAAACACGAUGAGCACCUUAGGGCGUGGUGUCCUGCUCAUAUGGUUAUUUGUUGUUUUGAUCAUUCAAUCCAGCUACACUGCGAGUCUUACUUCCAUUCUGACCGUGCAACAACUUGAUACUUCUAUAAGAGGAAUUGAUGACCUGAAAAAUAGCGAUGAUCCUGUUGGUUUUCAAGUGGGUUCUUUUGCACAAGAAUACAUGGUCAAGGAACUAAACAUAUCACGUUCAAGGUUAAGACCUCUCGGUUCUCCCCAACAAUACGCUGAAGCCCUCAAGCUAGGCCCUAAGAAAGGAGGCGUUAUGGCCAUUAUCGAUGAGCGACCCUAUGUCGAACUGUUCUUGUCAAGUUACUGCAAGAUUGCAGUAGCUGGCUCAGAUUUCACCAGCAGAGGAUGGGGCUUUGCAUUUCCAAGGGACUCCCCUUUGCAAGUAGACCUGUCCACCGCGAUCCUGUCACUUUCAGAGAAUGGGGAGCUGCAGCGGAUCCACGACAAGUGGCUCAAGACCGGCGAGUGUGCGACUGACACCAACGAGUUCAUCGACUCGAACCAGCUCCGCCUCGAGAGCUUCUGGGGGCUGUUUCUCAUCUGCGGUGUGGCGUGCAUCCUCGCACUACUCAUCUACUUCGGCAUCAUGCUUCGCAAAUACCUGAGACAUGAGCCAAAGAAGAGCCUCCGAAGAUUUAUCUCGUUCGUCGAUGACAAGGAGCCGCCAAAGAACAGGAAGAAGCGGUCCCAGAGCCUGCCUGCGAGCUCGACAGGCAGCCUUUCUGCUCUUGACAUCGAGAGGCCUGCGAGGCCAGUUAGGAGUGGCAGCGUUGUUGAUAUAGAAAGCUAGUUGAUGUGUACAAAGCUAAGAUAUAUUAUUAUAUGUUUUCGACCCGAGAUGCAACAUCUUGCGGGUCAGUUUGCCCAAUUUAAUUGACGGGGAAAUAGGUUGAGAGGCUGUGUAGGGGAUUUGAGUUCCUUAGGUAUCUGCCAACAUGGAAAAUUGUAUAGAAGCAACUCUUGUCCUUGAUGUUAUUAUGAAUGGAAGGAAUGUGUUUGUUUGAGUGA